AGCCUAUUCUCAAGCUCGCUCCCGUCGUCUGCUCAUCGCCUCACCAUUGUCAGAAUGGUUUCCAUGGCCAAGCUGCUCGCUUUCGCCUCUCCUGUCUGGGCGAUCCGCGAGAAUCAGCAGUUCUUGCUGCAGCCGAGCGCCACGGCGGACACCAGCUGCGCGAGCCACGUCAAGGCCACCUUGGCGAACCUCGGCGAAGUGACGGACAUCGGUCAGCGCAUCGGCGCAGUGCUUGGGGCGCAGGAGUACCUGAACGAUUGCUGCGUGGAGGGCACCGAGUUCGACACCUUUGUGCAGGCAAAGGCCUCGGCGGAAGUGAGCCUCGACUCGCUCUUCGACGCGCAGACGGCUUUGGUGGUCAUCGACAUGCAGAAGGACUUCACCUCGGGGAGCUUCGCCCAGCCAUGCUGGAGGAAGAUCGCGGGGCGCGUGAACAGCAAGAUGGUGGAGGCCAUCGAGAAGGCAGCGGCCGCUGGGUCGAUGAUCAUCGCCUCCAAGGAUUUUCACCCCUCGCGGCACUGCAGCUUCGGCGGCGAGGAGAAAUGCAGCAAUAGGAAGGACAAGAAUGAAGCGGAGACCGAGAAUGUGCGGUAUGUGAACGAGUUCCCGAGCCACUGCAGUUUCACGGUGAGCGGGGGCCGCGCGGUGCCGCAGAAGGCAGCAGCCACGCCUUUCUGUCAGAGCCUGCCAGAAGAGAUCAGGGCGCUCAUCUUCUGCAGCGACCCGGAUUUCGUGGGAACCGACUUUGAGCCCGCCAUUGGUGAGGCCUUGUCCAAGGUUCCUGCUGCCCAGGUGGAAGUGAUGUUUAAGGGCUUCCACGAACACUACGACUCCUUCUCCGCGAUGCACCACCAGGUCUCAGGCGGCGGCGUCACGGAGGAGCAGGCGGCCACGGAGGCGAAGUUCACCGGGAGCUUCGCGCUGCCCGCGGCGGAGGCGGCCAGCUGCCACGGGAAGUGGGACACGGAUGCCAGCUGCUACCCUAGCAAGAGCCAGCUCGACGACAGCGACGGCCUGCGAAGCUUCUCCUCCAUCUUGAGUGCCAAGGGCAUUCAGAAGAUGGUGGUGGUGGGCCUGGUCUACGACUACUGCGUGAAGGAGACCGCCAUCUUCACCAAGGAGAACACAGACUUGGAGGUGACGGUCUUGGCCAACCUCGUGCGUCCCAGCUUCGACGGCAAGCCGGGGGCCCCCUUCACCGGCUUCCUCUGCGAUGGGGAGGACCUGGGCAACGGCUUCUGCUCGGCGGGCGGAGGCACCACCGCGGCCCACGAGAAGGUGCUCGAGGACUAUACGGCCAACAAGGUACUCUUCAAACGCGCAGCCUGAGAGGUGCCCUCGCUAUCCGCUGAGCCUCAAGGCAGCCAGCCAGCUGCGAGUUUGACUUGAGAGCUGCAGAUCGCUUCUAACCUGUGCUUUCUAGCUGGGA